AUGAAGUGGUUUUCUUUAAUAAGCAUUAUCAGUGUGAUAACGACUGUUGUGUGUUGGAACGAUGAAGAGUUCACCAGAUAUGCCUUCGGUGUAUUACAGAAAGAGGUUAAAUAUCCAUAUAAGGUAAUUGAGGGUCCACAUAAAAAUUGGUUGAAAUAUUGGUCAGGACCAGAGUUGAAGAAUAAUGGAGAGUUGUUGAGGUUGGAGUUACAAGGAACUUACAAUAUGAUGGAAAAUGGGUCAGUUAUUAUUGAACAUAAAAAUUAUAAUCAAGGAUUACUUUUUAAUGAUGAGUUUACUAAAGAGAUCUUUGGUGAUUUGAAUCAAAGACAAGAGAUCUUCGGAAACGGUGGUAUUAACUUUGGAGAUCACAAAUAUAGUGAUUUUGAAUUGUUGGAGUUUUUCAAACUGGUUUUAAGAGAAAAUGGUGUGUCUGAAGCAUCACAAGUGGAAAAUUCGUGA